GGUGGGAGUGCUUAAUGACAAACACAGGGGGCGGAGCUUAGUUCAGGUGUUCCUGAAUCAGGAAAUGAAGACAAACUGAAAGUUUUCGUCCAUCUUAGAGAGACGGAGGCUACUUCUUUCUUCUUCUUUUUCACGGUGAAGGCUGGAAGAAGGUGUGUGUGAUCUGAUCCUGUGGAUCCAGUCAAUCCAUCAGCAUGGAUCAGUGGGAGGAGACACAGGAGGGAGCCCCUCCCUCUAAAAGACGGAGAGAUGGUAACCAUGACAACCAGAGCAAAGCUCAGAGAUUUUACAGGAACCAACCUGGACAUGGACCUAAUCCUGGACCAGGAUUUGGAUCUGAACCUCCUGAAUUUAAAGAGAGCUGCUCAGGAGAACAAGGUCAACAGGUCACACAGAGAGUCCAGUCUGCAGCAUCCAGCUGUGGAUCCAUGAAGAGUGACCGGUCCAAAAAUGAACCUCCAAACUUCAGAACUGAACCAGGACCUUCAGACUCUCAUGUCCUUGGAGAGAAGAAGAGGAGCGGACCCCAGUCUGCAGAAAGACCCAGAGCUGCAGAUGUUGGUCUGCAGGAGAUUUUUGGAGAACAUCAGAUCAGUCUGAGGAGCAGAAGUGAACAUGUGUCUGAAGGAACUGAAGAAGCAGGAAGAGAAACGCUCCUCAACAAGGUCUACACUGAGCUCUACAUCACAGAGGACCUGAGACGAGAGACUAACACCCAACAUGAGGUGAUGCAGCUGGAGACAACCACCAAGACCAACAAAAUCCAUGACACUGCAAUCAAGAACCCAGACAUCUUCAAAGUCUUCCCUGACCAACACAGAUCCAUCAGAGUGGUUCUGACCAGCGGAGUUGCUGGAGCUGGAAAAAGCUUCUCAGUGCAGAAGUUCACUCUGGACUGGGCCGAGGGCUUGGAGAACCAAGACAUCAGUGCUGUGGUUCCUCUUUCCUUCAGGGAGAUGAACUUGAUCAGAGAUGAGCAGCACAGUCUUCUCACUCUGAUCCAGCUUUUCCAUCCAACACUCCAGAAGAUCCCAGCAGAACAGCUGUCUGUCUGCAAACUUCUGUUCAUCUUUGAUGGUCUGGAUGAAAGCAGACUUUCUCUGGACUUCAACAACAGUCAGGUGGUGUCUGAUGUCACCCAGAAGUCCUCAGUCAACGUGCUGUUCACUAACCUCAUCCAGGGACGCCUGCUUCCCUCAGCUCUGGUCUGGAUCACUUCCAGACCUGCAGCAGCCAAUCAGAUCCCUCCUUCAUGUGUGGACAGACUGACAGAAGUACGAGGCUUCAAUGAUGCUCAGAAGGAGGAGUACUUCAGGAGGAGAUUCCCAGAUGAAGAGCUGUCCAGCAGAAUCAUCUCCCACAUCAAGGGCUCCAUGUCCCUCUACAUCAUGUGUGAAGUUCCAGUCUUCUGCUGGAUCACUGCUGUGGUUCUGGAGAACAUGCUGACCACAGAGCAGAGAGGAGAGCUGCCCACCACCCUGACUGACAUGUACUCACACUUCCUGAUGGUCCAGACAAAGAGGAAGAAGAACAAGUACCAGCAGGAACAUCAGACAAGUCCACAAGAGCUGACAGAGACUGACAGGGAAGUUCUUCUGAAGCUGGGGAGGCUGGCAUUUGAACAUCUGGAGAAAGGAAACAUCAUGUUCUACCAAGAAGACCUGCAGCAGUGUGGUCUGGAUGUCACAGAGGCCUCAGUGUACUCUGGAGUUUGUACUGAGAUCUUCAGAAGAGAGUGUGAGAUCUUCCAGAAACCGGUCUACAGCUUUGUUCAUCUGAGCGUUCAGGAGUUUCUGGCUGCAGUCUACGUGUUCCACUGUUACUCCAACAGGAAGGUAGAGGUCAUUGAGGACUUCCUGAAGAACAACAUGAAGAACCCAUCCCUGGAUGAGUUUCUGAGUAGAGUCAUGGAGAAAUCCCUGCAGAGUCAAACUGGACACCUGGACCUGCUUGUUCGCUUCCUUCAUGGUCUCUCUGUGGAGUCCAACCAGAGACUCUUAGGAGGUCUGCUGGUUCAGACAGAGAAGAAUCCAGGAACCAUCCAGAGAGCCAUCAACAACCUGAAGGAGAUCAAGAGUGAAGGAGUCUCUCCUGACAGAAGCAUCAACAUCUAUCACUGUCUGAUGGAGAUGAAGGAUCUCUCAGUUCAUCAGGAGAUCCAAGAGUUCCUGAAGUCAGAGAACAAAUCAGAGAAGAAACUCUCAGAGAUCCACUGCUCAGCUCUGGCCUACACUCUGCAGAUGUCAGAGGAGGUUCUGGAUCAGCUGGACCUGAACCAGUACAACACAUCAGAUGAGGGUAAACGGAGACUGAUCCCAGCUGUGAGGAACUGCAGAAAGUUCAGAAUUCCAGAACGAUGUGGACUCUCAGAGACUCACUAUGAAAUUGUGGCCUCAGCUCUGAAGUCCAACCCGUCCCACCUGACAGAACUGAACCUGAGCGAUAAUCACAUCCAGGAUUCAUCCGUGAAGGUUCUGUGUUCUGGACUGGAGAGUCCAAACUGCAGACUGCAGACUCUGAG